GUGGCCCGCGGCAGCCCUCCGGCGUCUCUACCCGCUCUGCCCCACCAGGGAUACUUGGGGUUGCUGGGACGGGCUCCGGCCGUCUAGGCGCCCGCCCUCGGGCCGGUGGCCGCUGUCCAGGAGCUCUCCUUUCCCCUCCAGUACACAAGAGUAGAAUACUGCUAGGAAGGCCACAGUAAGCAGUACUCCUAGAAAAGGAGACUAAUGAGAGAUAAGCAGCAGAUUCUGUGUAAGCAACCAGUCCUGGAGGUAGGGGAGAUUGGACCUUGAUUUAUUUGGAAGGAACUCUCUCAUCGUUUUCCAUGACCUGUGAAGUGUGUGUUGGAGUUAAUUAUUUAUAUUAUAAAGAAUUUUAAUAGUCCUGGGGACUUCCUUGAAGGAUCAUUUUCAUUUUUGCUCAGAAGAAAGCUCUGGAUCUAUCAAAUAAAGAAGUCUUUCGUGUGGGCUACAUAUAUAGAUGUUUUCAUGAAGAGGAGUGAAAAGCCAGAAGGAUAUAGACAAAUGAGGCCUAAGACCUUUCCUGCCAGUAACUAUACUGGCAGUAGCCGACAAAUGUUAAAAGAAAUUCGGGAAUCCCUUAGGAAUUUAUCUAAACCAUCAGAUGCUACUAAGGCUGAGCAUAACAUGAGUAAAAUGUCAACUGAAGAUCCUCGACAAGUCAGAAAUCCACCCAAAUUUGGGACACAUCAUAAAGUCUUGCAGGAAAUUCGAAAUUCUCUGCUUCCAUUUGCAAAUGAAACAAAUUCUCGUAGUACUUCAGAAGUUAAUCCACAAAUGCUUCAAGACUUACAAGCUGCUGGAUUUGAUGAGGAUAUGGUUAUACAAGCUCUUCAGAAAACAAACAACAGAAGUAUAGAAGCAGCAAUUGAAUUCAUUAGUAAAAUGAGUUACCAAGAUCCACGACGAGAGCAGAUGGCUGCGGCAGCUGCCAGACCUGUUAAUGCCAGCAUGAAACCAGGGAAUGUGCAACAAUCAGUUAACCGCAAACAGAGCUGGAAAGGUUCUAAAGAAUCCUUAGUUCCUCAGAGACAUGGCCCACCACUAGGAGAAAGUGUGGCCUAUCAUUCUGAGAGUCCCAGCUCACAGGCAGAUGUAGGAAGACCUUUGUCUGGAUCUGGUAUAACAGCAUUUGCUCAAGCUCACCCUAGCAAUGGACAGAGAGUGAACCCCCUACCACCACCUCAAGUAAGGAGUGUCACUCCUCCACCACCUCCAAGAGGCCAGACUCCCCCUCCAAGAGGUACAACUCCACCUCCUCCUUCAUGGGAACCAAACUCUCAAACAAAGCGCUAUUCUGGGAACAUGGAAUACGUAAUCUCCCGAAUCUCUCCUGUCCCACCUGGGACAUGGCAAGAGGGCUAUCCACCACCACCUCUCAACACUUCCCCCAUGAAUCCUCCUAAUCAGGGACAGAGAGGCAUUAGUUCUGUUCCUGUUGGCAGACAACCAAUCAUCAUGCAGAGUUCUAGCAAAUUUAACUUUCCAUCAGGGAGACCUGGAAUGCAGAAUGGUACUGGACAGACUGAUUUCAUGAUACACCAAAAUGUCCCUGCUGGCACUGUGAAUCGGCAGCCGCCACCUCCAUAUCCUCUGACCGCAGCUAAUGGACAAAGCCCUUCUGCUUUACAGACAGGGGGAUCUGCUGCUCCUUCAUCAUAUAUAAAUGGAAAUAUUCCUCAGUCUAUGAUGGUGCCAAACAGAAAUAGUCAUAACAUGGAACUGUAUAACAUUAAUGUGCCGGGACUGCAAACAAAUUGGCCUCAGUCAUCCUCUGCUCCAGCCCAGUCGUCCCCAAGCAGUGGGCAUGAAAUCCCUACCUGGCAACCUAACAUACCAGUGAGGUCAAAUUCUUUUAACAACCCAUUGGGAAAUAGAGCAAGUCACUCUGCUAAUUCUCAGCCUUCUGCUACAACAGUCACUGCAAUUACACCAGCUCCUAUUCAACAGCCUGUGAAAAGCAUGCGUGUAUUAAAACCAGAGCUACAGACUGCUUUAGCACCUACACACCCUUCUUGGAUACCACAGCCAAUUCAAACUGUUCAACCCAGUCCUUUUUCUGAGGGAACCACGUCAAAUGUGACUGUGAUGCCACCUGUUGCUGAAGCUCCAAAUUAUCAAGGACCACCACCACCCUACCCAAAACAUCUGCUGCACCAAAACCCAUCUGUUCCUCCAUAUGAAUCAAUCAGUAAGCCUAGCAAAGAGGAUCAGCCAAGCUUGCCCAAGGAGGAUGAGAGUGAAAAGAGUUAUGAAAAUGUUGAUAGUGGGGAUAAAGAAAAGAAACAAAUUACAACUUCACCCAUCACUGUUAGGAAAAACAAGAAAGAUGAAGAGCGAAGGGAAUCUCGUAUUCAAAGUUACUCUCCUCAAGCAUUUAAAUUCUUUAUGGAGCAACAUGUGGAAAAUGUACUGAAAUCUCAUCAGCAGCGUCUACAUCGUAAAAAACAAUUAGAGAAUGAAAUGAUGCGGGUUGGAUUAUCUCAGGAUGCCCAGGAUCAAAUGAGAAAGAUGCUUUGCCAAAAAGAAUCUAAUUACAUUCGUCUUAAAAGGGCUAAAAUGGACAAGUCUAUGUUUGUGAAGAUAAAGACACUAGGAGUAGGAGCAUUUGGUGAAGUCUGUCUAGCAAGAAAAGUAGAUACUAAGGCUUUGUAUGCAACAAAAACUCUUCGAAAGAAAGAUGUUCUGCUUCGAAAUCAAGUCGCUCAUGUUAAAGCUGAGAGAGAUAUCCUGGCUGAAGCUGACAAUGAAUGGGUGGUUCGCCUAUAUUAUUCAUUCCAAGAUAAAGACAAUUUAUAUUUUGUAAUGGACUACAUUCCUGGGGGUGAUAUGAUGAGCCUAUUAAUUAGAAUGGGCAUCUUUCCAGAAAACCUGGCACGAUUCUACAUAGCAGAACUUACCUGUGCAGUUGAAAGUGUUCAUAAAAUGGGUUUUAUUCAUAGAGAUAUUAAACCCGAUAAUAUUUUGAUUGAUCGUGAUGGUCAUAUUAAAUUGACUGACUUUGGCCUCUGCACUGGCUUCAGAUGGACACACGAUUCUAAGUACUAUCAGAGUGGUGACCAUCCAAGGCAAGAUAGCAUGGAUUUCAGUAAUGAGUGGGGGGAUCCCUCAAGCUGUCGAUGUGGAGACAGACUGAAGCCGUUAGAGCGGAGAGCUGCACGCCAGCACCAGCGAUGUCUAGCACAUUCUUUGGUUGGGACUCCCAAUUAUAUUGCACCUGAAGUGUUGCUACGAACAGGAUACACACAGUUAUGUGAUUGGUGGAGUGUUGGUGUUAUUCUUUUUGAAAUGUUGGUGGGACAACCUCCUUUCUUGGCACAAACACCAUUAGAAACACAAAUGAAGGUUAUCAACUGGCAAACAUCUCUUCACAUCCCACCACAAGCUAAACUCAGUCCUGAAGCUUCUGACCUUAUUAUUAAACUUUGCCGAGGACCUGAAGAUCGCUUAGGCAAGAAUGGUGCUGAUGAAAUAAAAGCUCAUCCAUUUUUUAAAACAAUUGAUUUCUCCAGUGACCUGAGACAGCAGUCUGCUUCAUACAUUCCUAAAAUCACACACCCAACAGAUACAUCAAAUUUUGAUCCUGUUGAUCCUGAUAAGUUAUGGAGUGAUGAUACCGAGGAAGAAAAUGUAAAUGACACUCUCAAUGGAUGGUAUAAAAAUGGAAAGCAUCCUGAACAUGCAUUCUAUGAAUUUACCUUCCGGAGAUUUUUUGAUGACAAUGGCUACCCAUAUAAUUAUCCGAAGCCUAUUGAAUAUGAAUACAUUAAUUCACAAGGCUCAGAGCAGCAGUCAGAUGAAGAUGAUCAACACACAGGCUCAGAGAUUAAAAAUCGAGAUCUAGUGUAUGUUUAACACGCUAGUAAAUAAAUUAAUGAAGAUUUGCAAAAGGGCCUGAAAUGUGAGGUGUUUUGAGGUUCUGAGAGUAAAAUUAUGCAAAUAUAACAGAGCUACAUAUGUAUGUUCUGUGUACAAUAUUUUAUUUUCCUAAAUUAUGGGAAAUCCUUUAAAAAUGUUAAUUUAUUCCAGCCUUUUAAAUCAGUGUUUAGAAAAAAGUUGUUAUAAGGAAAGUAAAUUAUGAACUGAAUAUUAUAGUCAGUUCUUGGUACUUAAAGUACUUAAAAUAAGUAGUGCUUUGUUUAAAAGGAGAAACCUGGUAUCUAUUUGUAUAUAUGCUAAAUAAUUUUAAAAGACAAGAGUUUUUGAAAUUUUUUUUGAAAGUUUUAGUUUUAUCUUGCUUUAACCAAAUAUGAAACAUACCACGUAUUUACAGAGCUCUUUUUUCCCCUCAUAACCUUGUUUUUGGUAUAAAAUAAGCUAGAGAAAUUAAGCCAUCGUGUUGGUGAGUGUACCUAGGCUAAUGAUAAUCUGUAUAAUUCACAUCCUGAAACUAAGGAAUACAAGGUUGAAAAAAUAUUAAUAUGUUCAUCAGAAGGAAAAAUAGUACAGAUAUCUUUUCCCCCCUUCUGUGGAAUAUUUAAUCUUCUUGCAUUUAUUUCUCAAGAAUUACUGGCUCUAAAAGAAGCCAAAGCACUACUUAGCUCUCUUUCCAUAUUGAGUUUUUUUUGUUUUUUGUGGUUUUUUUUUUGGAGACAGAAUCUCGCUCUCACCAGGCUGGAGUGCACUGGUGCGAUCUUGGCUCACUGCAGCCUUCACCUUCCAGGUUCAAGCAAUUCUGCCUCAGCCUCCCAAGUAGCUGCGACUACAGGCGCUAACCACCACGCCCAGCUAGUUUUUGUAUUUUUAGUACAGACGGGGUUUCACCAUGUUGGCCAGGCUGGUUUCAAUCUCCUGACCUCAUUAUCUGCCCGCCUCAACCUUCCAACGUCCUGAGAUUACAGGUGUGAGCUGCUGCGCCCAGCCCCAUAUUGGUAUUUUUGAUGCUGCUUCCAAUUUUAAAAGGGAACAAAACUGCCAUAAAUCAAAUUUUUCAAUACUGAAAGCUAAAAUAUUUCCCACCAUCCUAAGCAGAGAAUUAUUUACAUUUUCAUAUGCUUUUCCUGUAUAGUAACUAUUUUGAUUAUAUCAUCAAUGUUACCUGUUUACUCUUUCAGAACAGUGCUGCAUAUACAGAUUGUUAUUGGCAAAGGAAAAUAUGACUAUCUGGCAAUAUUUUAUCUAAGGGCAGAUUAAUUGGUGAAAAAAUUAAUUCUUGAGAUGCCCAUUAAUAAUUAGGAAAAUUUACAGAGUGGUCUUACUAGAAAAUUCAAGUCCUCCUAAUUUAUUUAUUCUUGAACAUGCCUAUUAUGUAUAAUGCUUAGGUUCUAAGGAAAAUUAAGGUUUCAUGCCAAAAUACAUGUAGCUUAUCUUUUAGGAAGGGGGGAAAGGCUCUAUUUUGACCAUAAUAAAGUUUAUAUUGUAUUUUAUUUCCUUUUCUUAAACUCCACUGAUAUGCGAUUUUUUUUUAUCAAAAGUUACUAUUUGUGGAUUGGAGGCAUAAUUGUAAUGAUUUUCAGACUUUUAGCUUCCUUCACAUAAAAGUUAAUUGAAACCACAUAUGUAGUAAAAUUAAAGGCAGAGCUGUUACAGUUGAGUUGGACAGUCAGAGCAAAGAAAACUUAUUAACCCAUACUUCCCACCUUUCUACAGAUGGUCCUUUCAGAGCUCAGCUUGAAAACUACUCCUGUGUUCUCAUGGGGCUUUUGGGGUUACUGGUUCUUGUGAGAAUCUGAUGAAAGCUGUGGACUCUUCCUAGAAAAAAAAAUAUGUCAACACAUACACAUACAAUGUUACAUGCAGUUUCAAGGGAUUUUGGACAUACUGAAACCUGUCACAGGCUCUAGGUUAUGGACUUCUGUCCCAUAAGAAAAUCAAUAUAUUAAACUAAGAACUUUGCUUUUAACUUACCAAUCGCUACUUGGCAUGUCUUAUAUAAACUGAUAAUUUGUGAUGGAAAAGGUCUGUAGCAUAUGAUACAAGGUGAACUUAUGAAUGCCUUCUUGCUGGUACAUUAAAUUGUUUUAACAUGCCCUUUGGAGGUCACGGAAAUGUUGGGCGCAUUACAGGCUUGAUACAGAAAUAUUUCUGAAGGAUUUCAAGUCAGAGAACUGUAAGAAAAUAUGCUAUCAUGAAAUGGCAGUCUUCACCUCAUGGUUCAUGGAACAUUUGGUUAGUCCCAUAAAAUCCUGUGCAAAACAAAGUAGUUCAAGAAUUUAUAGGUGGGUACUCACAUUUAUAAGGUAUUCCUCUUGCUCUUUGGGCUUUUUCAGUCUGAUUUAUUUAAAUUUUCAUUUCGUUGUUUUACUUCUGGACUAUGGUGCAAUACAGUAGAAAAUAACUUGUUACAUUUGUGUUGUAGGAAAACUAAAGGUGCUGUCUCCUCCCCUUCCCUUCUCACAAAGUCUGUAUUGCCCUAUUGCUGAAAUGUAACAGACACUACAAAUUUUGUAUCCUUUUAUUGGGUUUGUUUUUUUUUUUUGUUGAGACAGGGUCUCACUCUGUCACCCAGGCUGGAAUGCAGUGGCACUUCACAGCUCACUGCAUCCUCGACCUUGGGACACAUGCGAUCCUUUUGCCUCAGCCUCCCAAGUAGCUGGGCAUGCGCCAACAAGCCCAGCUAAUUUUUAUAUGUUUAGUGGAGAUGGGGUUUCGCCAUGUUGCCCAGGUUGGUCUGGAACUCCUGGGCUCCAGUUAUAUGCCCACCUCAGCCUCCCAAAAUGCCAGGAUUACAGAUGUGAGCCACCAUGCCUGGCGCAAAUUUGUAUUCUUUUAAAAUUUCCUCUGACACAACAAGCCUUUUGCAUUUAUCUCAAGCAGUAUACAUGCCUUUGGUAUCAGCAGUUUUAACAGUUUGAAUGUAUGUAUCAGCUACCUUAUUCCAAAAUUACAUCUACUUUUUCCAGUGUAAAAUCUGGUGCUUCCUGACCAAAAAGAUGAGAAAAACAAUGUUAAAAAUAUAGAUGCUUUCCAUUGAAAUGGAGUGAAAACAUUGAUUCUAUAUGUUUUCUUUUUAAAAUAAUUUACUUGCUGUUGUUAUUCUACUUACCCUUUUAAUGCAUAUCAAUAGUAUUUAUAAGAUGUGUUCUGUAAUUAUGUAAUUGUAGAUACUGUUAUGUAUUGUUCAGUGACAUCAUAAGGCAGGCCCUACUGCUGUAUCUUUUCUACCUUCUUAUUUGUAAUAGAAACUAUAGAAUGUAUGACUAAAAAGUCACUUUGAGAUUGACUUUUUAAAAAAGUUAUCUUCUGCUGUUGCAAAGUGCAAAACUGUGAGUGGAAUUGUUUUAUUUUGACUUAAUAUGUUAGAAAUUAGAGAUUACAGUGGGAGAAUUUUUAGACAUUGCUGCUGCUGUUACCCAAGGUAUUUUAGAUAAAAAAUUUUUAAUAAACAAAAAUCCCUUUGGUAUUUAAACUAGAACAUUCAGCCUGUUCAUUUUAAUCUAAAGCAAAAAGUAAUUUGGGUCAAAAUAUUGGUAUAUUUGUAAAGCGCCUUAAUAUAUCCCUUUGUGGAAGGCACUACACAGUUUACUUUUAUAUUGUAUUGUGUAUAUAAAUAUUUUGUAUUAAAAUUGAAUCAGUGGCAACACUAAAGUUUUAUAAAAUCAUGCUUUGUUAGAAAAGGAAUUACAGCUUUGCAAUAUAACUAAUUGUUUUGCAUAAUUCUGAAUGUAAUAGAUAUGAAUAAUCAGUCUGUGUUUUUAAUGAACUUAUUUGUAUUUUCCCAAUCAUUUUCUCUAGUGUAAUGUUUGCUGGGAUAAUAAAAAAAAAAUUGAAUCUUUCAA